UCCGCUGGAUGGCGUCGAUCAGGCUUCCUUAUGGUUUGAGGCACAAACGUUUGGAGGACGAGCUUCAAGCGCAGGUCUACGGGUUGAAUCCCAGGCGGCUCCGUGGCGCACAGAAAUGUAGUGCGGUACACAGGGAGGCGGGAGGCGUUAGGGGUUGAGCCAAGGACUCCUGACCGCGGGAUUCAAACCCGAAGACACAACAAGAAAACACAGCACAGACUUCACGAAAACAAGCCAGCAGUAAACACAAAACAGUUAAGCAUGGCGCUUACACUUUACCAACCGAGAGGUGCUUUACUGCGUUGAAUGUAGUAUCUGAGGUGAACCUGUUCUCUGUCUUUUGCUCGUGUUAAUUUGUCUGAGAGCCCACCGUGACUGCAGCAGGUCAUGGACUCUCAGGCCACUGAUUCUCCCAGAACUGUGUUCUUUGACUUGGAGACUACUGGUCUGGGGCCCUCUUGUGACAUUGUUCAGCUAGCAGCGGUGAGUGGCAGCCACGCAUUAAACCUUUUUAUGGUCCCCCGCUGCAGGAUGGAGCCCGGGGCCUCCAGAGUCACUGGCUUUCGAGUGCGAAGGCACCAGCUCUUCCUGCACCGCAGGCCUGUGCUCACCAACUCUCUGAGGGAAGCCCUGGUGUCCUUCAUAACCUUUCUUGGCAUGUUUGGACGCCCGCUUUUGGUGGGCCACAACAUUCGGCGCUUUGAUUGCCUUGUGUUGGCCAGAGCUUUAGAUGAGUUUGGCUUGAAAGCGGCCUUCCAGACAGUAGUUGUGGGCUUCCUGGACAGUCUCCCUCUGGCUCGCCAGCUUCUCAAAGACAGUGGCAUUCAGAGCUUCAAGCAGGAGAACCUGGUUAAGACUGUGCUGGGUGUUUCCUAUGCCGCUCACAAUGCCUUGGCUGACGUGCAAGCCCUGCAGAAGCUUUACUGGGCCCUCAGUCCCACAGUCAGUCAAAUUCAGCAGCACAUGUUCAGUCUGGACUCGCUGAAUACCAUGGCUGUCAGGUCUGCAAGACUACCAGCACAGAGUGAUUUAUGUGAGCACUUCCAAAAGACAGUGGACAGCAGUAGAGACAUAUAGGUGUUUGUUAUAAUAGACCACACAAAACAAUGCUCUUGGCACAAUUUGUGUAAAAGGGAAUAUUUGACUAUAUAACACCCUCCCCGGGUCUAAAAUGUGGGGUGAUAAUACUAGCAUUGAACAAGGCUCCUUUCUUUGCCUGCACAUACAGCUGUAUGACCAUUCACACCAUUGCAGCUACUGCACUGCUAGCACAAAAUCAGUUGGACGUGGAUAGAAAUCCAAGCGUAGCCUUUUGUUUUUAAGAAUAAUUAUGAAAUUCCUUCAUUUCAAUAAAAGCUUAAUUAUCUAAAGUA